AUAUUUGCUUAGAGGAAAACUUAGAUGAUACUUUUGCGGUUGAUAUGCGAAGAUCGGAUGAAAGAGUGGAUUUUAAGAAAUUUCACUUUUUUUAAAUAUGAUCAGCCAGCUAUUUAGUUUCCCCUUUAGUCAUUAACUUGUGGCGAGCCGACAACACAACUAACAGCGGUAAUUACGACUUUGGCUUGCCUGGUGUACAAUUAACUUCAAGUCGACUGUUAUUGGGGUUUAACAUUAACCACCGGUCUCACGCCUUUGAAAAUGAAUUUGUGCAGAUCAAAAGAUAACCAAGAAGCCAAGGAGAGGCAGUUGAGGACAAAUGACCAUGAGUAUAAUGCACAAUUCCAAUAUGUCAACAAUUACAUCAGGACAUCGAAAUACAGUAUUCUUACCUUUCUUCCCCUCAACUUAUUUGAGCAAUUCCGCAGGGUUGCUAAUCUUUAUUUCAUUAUGCAGAUCAUUAUCAUGUCUAUACCAAAAAUCACUGCAUUGAGUCCAGAAGCUACAGCUGUACCUCUCAUUUGUGUUUUGGCAGCAACAGGAGUAAAAGAUGGUGCAGAUGACAUUAAACGGCAUAAAAGUGAUAAAGCAGUCAAUAACAGAAAAGCAAAGGUUCUCACUGACAGUGGGCCGAAGGAAGAAAAUUGGAUGGAUCUUCAAGUUGGUCAAGUUCUUCAAAUUGACAACAAUGAGCAAAUCCCUGCUGAUGUAGUUGUGCUCACCACAAGUGAAGAGAAUGGAUUAUGUUACAUUGAGACAGCUGAGCUGGAUGGGGAGACCAACCUGAAGUGUCGUCAACCUCUUCCUGAAACUGGAGAGCUUGGUGAUGAUGAACAGCAACUCUCAAAAGUGCAAAUGGAAAUUACUUGUGAUCCACCAAACAACAGGCUGGAAAAACUUCAAGGAAGGUUGAUGUAUGAUGGAAAUAAUUAUCCUCUGGACAAUGAAAAUGUCAUCUUGAGGGGCUGUGUGCUGCGCAACACCAAAUGGGUAUAUGGUGUGGUGAUAUAUGCUGGCCAUGAUACUAAACUCAUGAUGAACACUGGGGUGAGUAAAUUCAAAAGAACAGGUUUGGACAAGCUUACCAACAGUCUGAUCUUGUGGAUUGCAGCUAUGUUAGGAAUCAUUUGCACUCUCUGCUCCAUUGCAACAACGAUAUGGGAGGAAUUAUAUGGAAAGGAUUUCCAAGUAUAUCUACCAUGGGAGAGUUUCUAUAAGGACAGUGUUGUUAUCAUUGGCAUCGUCCACUGGCCAUCUUUUGUCAUGGUUUUGAACACACUCAUUCCUAUUUCACUGUAUAUCAGUGUGGAAGUGAUUCGCCUCGGUCAAAGUUUAUGGAUCAAUUGGGACUGCAGUAUGUAUUACGAGAUCAAGGACACUCCAGCUGUGGCAAGAACAACCACCUUAAGUGAGGAACUUGGACAAAUUGAAUACAUCUUUUCUGAUAAGACUGGAACACUGACGCAGAAUAUUAUGACAUUUAAGAAAUGUUCCAUAAAUGGUAGACUCUAUGGUCACAUAGAAGGUGAGAGUGCAGGAAAUCCUGAGGAAACUCUUGUCAGCUCUGUAUCCAUCAGAGAAGAAGGGGCACCAGAUGUGGACUUAUCCAACAAUCCUUACGCUGAUGGAAUAUUUAAAUUUAAUGACCAGGCUUUGCUGGAUGAAAUAAACCUAGGAAACAAGGAGUGCCAUGAACUGUUUCGGUUAUUAGCUGUCUGUCACACGGUUAUGGUGGAACGAGACAAUGGUAAUUUGGAAUAUCAAGCCCAGUCUCCCGACGAAGCGGCUCUUGUGACGGCUGCGAGAAACCUUGGAUUCACCUUUUUGGAACGUUCACCGACCACGAUUACGAUUGAUGUAUUAAGAGAAGAGGAGAUCUAUGAGUUACUUGCCAUUCUAGAUUUCAACAAUGAACGAAAACGAAUGUCGGUUAUUGUUCGACGAAACGACCAAAUAAAGCUCUACUGUAAAGGCGCUGAUACCAUUGUGUACGAACUUCUAGACAAUUCCUGCAAACCUCUCAUGACGAAAACAAUGCAGCAUUUGAACGUCUUUGCAGCGGAAGGUUUGCGUACGCUGGUUACAGCUUACAAAGACAUACCACUUGACGUGUACAAGGAGUGGGAGGUCCGGUACAAGGAGGCGAGUAUGGCCAUGGAAGAUAGGGAUGAGCUUGUUCAAAAGGUCUAUGAGGACAUUGAGCAGAACUUAAUACUGAUUGGUGCAACGGCAAUUGAGGACAAACUUCAAGAUGAUGUCCCGGAUACGAUCGCUACUCUAGCUGAGGCAAAUAUUAAGAUUUGGGUUUUGACUGGUGAUAAAGUAGAAACAGCCAUCAAUAUUGGGUACUCGUGUCAUCUGCUCACCGAUGAUAUGACCGAAGUGUUUACAAUCGAUGGAGAAUCUUUGGAGUCUGUUCAAAGGGCGAUUUCCGAAUGUAAAAACAAAAUUAAGGGCGGAGGAGUGGUAGGAGCACCUAUCUCUCGAUUGCAAAGUAAAGAAAACAGCCUCAAGGAUGUAAAAGUUGAAGUGAUAUCGUACAAGGAUAACUAUAUGGGCGAGAAAUCAGCCACUGUACAGACGCCAAAAAAGGAACAAACCUUUGGACUGGUUAUUCCUGGAAAAAGUUUAGCUUUUGCUCUUCAUGAAAGUUUAGAGAAAGAAUUCCUGGAGUUGGCUUGCCUUUGUAAAGCGGUUAUUUGUUGUAGAGUCACGCCACUUCAAAAGGCCCUGGUUGUACAGUUAGUCAAAGACAAUCUUCAAGCUGUGACCUUAGCUAUUGGAGAUGGAGCCAAUGACGUUAGUAUGAUUAAAGCUGCCCAUAUAGGAGUUGGAAUAAGCGGUCAAGAAGGGAUGCAAGCCGUGCUGGCGAGUGAUUUCUCCUUCGCUCAAUUUAAGUAUCUUCAGCGACUUCUUUUAGUCCACGGACGAUGGUCUUACUUUCGAAUGAGUAAAUUUUUAAACUAUUUUUUCUACAAGAAUUUUGCAUUUACGCUUUGUCAGCUAUGGUACGCUUUUUAUACUGGAUUUUCUGCUCAGACGCUGUAUGAUGCAUGGUUCAUCUCAUUUUAUAACGUGUUUUUUACCUCCGCGCCAGUCGUGUUUUUAGCGGUUCUUGAUCAGGACGUCUCAGAGAACGGCUGCUCCAAGUAUCCUCGAUUGUACGUUCCUGGCCAGACUAACCUACUGUUCAACAAGAAAAUCUUCUUUCUCAGCCUGUUGUACGGGGCUCUCACAUCGUUGGCAAUCUUCUUUUUGUCGUACGGUGCGUUCCAUGAUGAUAUAGCGAAUGAUGGCCUAGAGACGUCAUCUGUGUAUUUCUUCGGUACGGUGGUCGCCGCUGUACUGGUAGUGGUAGUCAAUAUUGAGAUCUCGUUUCUUACGCAGUAUUGGACCUGGAUUAAUCAUUUUUUUAUCUGGGGAAGCAUCCUGUUUUACUUCGCUUUCUACUUCGCCUUUUACGCCAAGUUCGUCUUCGACCUUUUCCCUCAGGGCCACUAUUAUGGUAUGCAGUUUGAGGUGUACGGUAAUCCGAAAUUCUGGUUUACCCUGUUCCUUGUUCUUGCUGUGACAAUAGCACCUCGUUUGUCGUACUACUUCCUUGAAAAUGAACUGAAUCCCACACUCAGCGACAUUGUGAGGCGAAAAGAAGCACACAAAAGAAUGCGCUUUACUUCCCCACUGGUAGAAUAUGAGCCUCAGCUGGUUCGUAGGCGAAGCUCGAAACGUUCAAGUUACGCCUUCGCUCAUCAAGAAGGAUUUGGCAAAAUUGUUAUGUCACCGGCAACAUUUUUAAGGAAAAAACUACGUUCAACAACUCAGCCAGCCGGCGAAAGUAGUGUAGUUGCUAUGUAAUUCAAUAUAUAUCACUGCAUCGAUUCUCUUUUUAUUUUCUUAGUUAUUUUUGUAAUACAUCGUCAGACAUACACGAAAGACUUAAUUGUGAAUUUUGAAUGUAAGAGCGAUCCAAGGAAAUUUGGCGGUUAAGGGAGCAAUUUUCUAUUUUUAUCCUUAACGCAAUAUAUGUGCCGUAGCAUCGCCCUCCUCUGUGAAAAAUGCUCUUACGAAACGUAGAUUAUACACAACGACUUAUUGAGUUUUUGUUAUGGUUAACACUUGCUCAUAGCUAAUUCUUGAAGCGAAGAAAACGCCUACAGUGCUUCAGAGUAGAGCAUCUUGUCUUCAUUCCAUGUCUACCGACCUACACUGACUUACUCAACACUGUUAUUGGAAAGCACUUUUUAAAUUUAACGUGUUAUCUUCUAGUUAGACCAAGAUGUAAUUGUUACUUUGAAAAUUUUUUACGAGAAUCAAGGUUAUAUAGAUGCGAAAAAGGCUAUGUAAUUUUAAUGCUAGUGAGUUUGAUUAAUUACAAUUACGUUUCAAGGCUACGCCUAAUUUAUUGCCCUGUCGGUUUUUCGAUGAAACAAAAAAUAUUUUUGAUUCAACUUGAGCGGGAGUAAAAUUGAAUGGGCAUUUCUUUUUCAGAUUCAUCUCUAUUUACCUCGUAAACGGCAAUUUUUAUUGUUUUUGAUGGCAUUACGACUUACAUUUUACACGAAGGCCACACGAUGCAUAGUUUGGCAGAUUAUAUUGAGUCGUGCGGAGUUGUUUACUUCCUACUGUAUUUCGUCACAAAUGCCUAAGAGUUUACCAACUCUGCGUUUCAAAAUAUUUUUAAAAUCUCAGUUUCAUCUCACGUUAUUGUGCCGAAAACACGCAUGCCUUGGAGAAGCCUCCAGUGUGUGCAAUCACACUGGCCAGUGAUAAGCCAUUCCUGAGCAGGCUUAGCCGUCGUCCAUUUCAUUUUUAAUAUAGGCACUCAUCUCGAUCCUAGCUCUCUUCUCUGUUGUCCAUAACAUUCGCAAUAGAAAAAAUGAGCUGGGUUCGAGAUGAGGAAUAGUUACUCUUAUAUGUUACUUGCGUAACUCACUAAGUUAAGAGAAAAACAGCCAUAAAGUAUAUGACGAGUGUCUUAACAGACAGUCAACUACUUAGUCCGUCAGUACAAGUUUAAAUUAAUGCAUUUUAGCUGAUGCGAAGAUUUUCCACAUUAUUUGGUUUUGAAGAAGAAAACCUUAUCCGUGUAAAAUUGUGAUUUUAGGACUUCUUUUUAGAUUAAAAUUGAAAUAAGUAAAUACAUUA